AACAAAGAUAUGAACAUAAGUAGGCAGACAAGUGGUGACUCAAGGCAUUCAGACACUGAGAACAACCAAGAGCUUAACCCUGAGUUGGAGCAAGAGAUCAGAGAAAUGUUUAAAAUUGUCGAUACAGAUAACGAUGGGCAGAUCUCUAUAAUGCUACCUUCUAAUGAAGAGCUAGGUGCAUUUGCAUCUCAAGCUGGAUCAUCAGGGUUCAAUUUACUUGUUGAUAUGUACCAUAUUUCAAAAACAGACUUGAAAAGCUACAUCUGAAUGAUGGACAAGGACAAUGAUGGCCAGAUCAGUAUUGAUGAGUUCCUCGAUGGCUACAAGAAGAAACUUGCAGGCAUUGAUUAUGAUGAAGAGAUCAGAGAAGCUUUUAAAGUCUUUGAUACAGAUGGAAACAAUAAGAUAUAAGCAUCUCAGAGAUCAAAAAGAUCCUGACUAGAGCUUCACCUCCAAUCCCUGAACAAGAGAUUGCCUUGAUCAUUAAGGAAAUAGACAAGUACAAUGACGGAAAUUUCCAUUACCAAGAAUUCAUUAACACAAAUUCCUUCUCAUAGCCAAGCUGGCACCCCUCAGCUACAUCGGCCAGCUACAUUAUUCUUAAUAUUAUGGAUA